ACGGUAAACCUGGCAGCACUUGUUCUGCGGUCCUCGGCGUCUUGUUGCCAGCCGCAACUUCCGAGACGAGGAGACAUUGCAAUUUAUCCUCCAUUCAUCUGCUUUCCUCCUUUGCCUGAAGCCUCCACCCAAACGCGGAUGAAGUGUCGCUGCGUUCCGUCUCCGUCUCUCUUUCCGUGGAAUCAUCUGGCUGCUGUUCUUCGUGGAGCGUCCUCGCCUCCCAGGUUCAGCCGGCAGCUAAGACCUCACGGCGUUAAGUCCUCCCGCAGAGGUUACAUAAGAAGGUGCACUUUUCAUUCUUCUAUUCUGCCUUAGAGAGACGUCCUCAGUCCGGGUUCAUGCCAGAUCUGCAGCGAUUUAGUUUUCCAUACCAUAGCAUGAAUCCACUGUUGGGGGCCAGCACGCCUCUCCAACAAGACUCGCAGCCCAGCCAAGGACCAGGACUCUCCCUCCAGUCCCCGCCGGGCCUCCUCUCCGACGCCGUUUUCGGUGCUUCGGAUCCGGCGUCUUUCCUGCUGGCUAACCUCCCGGGGCCAGGAGGGCCUGAGUUCCCCUCGCAGACCUCCCCGUACCUCCACCACUAUCCCCACCAUCAUCAAUACCACCAUCAUCCUCCUGCAGCCAUGGCUCUCAGAAACGACCUGGGCUCCAACAUCAGCGUCCUCAAGACCCUGAACCUGAGAUUUAGAUGCUUUUUGGCCAAAGUGCAUGAGCUGGAGCGCAGGAAUAAGCUUUUGGAGAAGCAGCUGCAGCAGGCGCUGGAGGCCAACAAAGGAUGCGGCGAAGGCAGGCCUCACACCCAAGAUGCCGGCGUCCAAACCGCUUUUGUUGGGGCCAUCCCGCUCCGGCCCGGAUCUCUGCCUUUCCACAACACCAACAACUCAGCCAGGAGGCCCACGUCUUUAUUCCCAUCCUCCCUCCAAUCUCCGGACAACUCCACCCAAACAAACACCUCAAGUAACCCGACUAUCACCAUCAGCCAGGACCCAACCUCCCCUGGAUCCAGAACCUCCGGACCAGGCCGCUCCACCACUGCCUCGCCACGUUUCCUCCCAGGCACCAUCUGGUCCUGCAACCCCACUCGCAGGUACGGAGCGGAUCGCCCCACCAGCCCAGGGGUGUCCUGGGUCCACCCGGACGGCGUCGGGGUCCAGAUUGACACCAUCACCCCCGAGAUCAGAGCGCUCUACAACGUCCUGGCCAAAGUGAAGCGGGAGCGGGACGAGUACAAACGCAGAUGGGAAGAAGAAUACACAAUGAGAUCGGACCUGCAGCAGAAGAUUGCCGACUUGCAGGAGGACCUGCAGGAGAGUGAAGGCUGUCAGGACGAGCUGGCCGUCAGAGUUCAGCAGCUGAAGGCCGAGCUGGUUCUGUUCAAGGGCCUCAUGAGCAAUAACUUCUCAGACCUGGACACCAAGAUCCAGGAGAAAGCCAUGAAAGUGGACAUGGACAUCUGCCGCAGGAUCGACAUCACAGCUCGCCUCUGUGACGUUGCCCAGCAGAGGAACUGUGAAGACGUCAUCCAGAUGUACCAGGUCCCAAGCAAUCAAUCGUCGUUGAGCCUGCGCCGCAAACAAACGCCUCAGUCGGUGAACGGCAGCGAAGGAGACGAAACGACGGUCAGCACCUCGGAGAGCGACGCAGGCGUGGCCAAGGAGGAGGAGCAGCAGCUGCAGCACGGUGGCUCGGCAGCCAAUCAGAUCAAUGAGGAGAUGCAAAGGAUGCUGAACCAGCUACGCGAGUGUGAGUUUGAGGACGACUGUGACAGUCUGGCCUGGGAGGAAACGGAGGAGACACUGCUUCUGUGGGAGGAUUUCCCAGGAUGCACUCUGCCUCCAGAUCCUGCCCCACCGCCUGGAGAGCAGGAGGACUGUCUGGAAAAAGUGAUAAAUGACACAGAAUGUUUGUUCAAGUCCAGAGAGAAGGAAUACCAAGAGACCAUUGACCAGAUUGAGCUGGAGUUGGCCACAGCAAAGAGCGACAUGAAUCGCCACCUGCACGAGUACAUGGAGAUGUGCUCCAUGAAGAGAGGCCUGGACGUGCAGAUGGAGACCUGCAGGAGACUCAUCACGCAAAGCGGAGACAGCAACGCCACGGCUGCGCAGACAUCCUCCGACGACAGCGAUCAAAGAGAGAGCGACAAAAGCUCGGCGUCGCCGCCUUCUUCCGCCAAUGCCGGGAGGUCCUGACAUAUUGUUGCCGGGGUCACGUGAUCUCCCAAACAUACACAACACUCCCCUGUAACGACAUCAUUCACAUCCCUUGUAGUCGUCAUGCGUUCUCUCCAUCAUCAUCUAGUCUGAGCUUGGCUUCCUUACAUCAACAUUUAGUAGGAUUUGGUACAAAAAGUUAAGUAGUAAAAAAACGCUUAAAAAGCAGUUGUUUAAUUAAUUAUGAACAAGAUCUUGGCUUAUAUAUAUGGUUGAUUUAUAUAAGCUAGUGCCUAUGUAACUCAACCACUUAUAUGUACACAUCAGUAGGCUAAAUUAAUUGAUCAAUUGAUUGAUUGAUACUUUUAUUAGUAGAUUGCACAGUACAGUACAUAUUCCGUACAAUUGACCACUAAAUGGUAACACCCCAAUAAGUUUUUCAACUUGUUUAAGUCGGGGUCUACGUUAAUCAAUUCAAGAUCUUCAACUUAAGAUCUUGGCUUUUUUGUGUUGUUUUUUUGGGGGGCAAAUAUUUCUGAAUGUGCCAUAUUUAGGAGGCACAAUAGUAUCGCUCAGGACUAUCAUGAACAAUCAAUCAAUCAAUCAAUGUUUACUUAUAUAGCCCUAAAUCACUAGUGUCUCAAAGGGCUGCACAAACCACUACGACAUCCUCGGUAGGCCCACAUAAGGGCAAGGAAAACUCACACCCAGUGGGACGUCGGUGACAAUGAUGACUAUGACAACAUGAUACUGUGAUACUGAUGACUAUGAGAACAUAUGAGAACACGAUACUGUGAAAGAUCAAUCCAUAAUGGAUCCAACACAGUCGCGAGAGUCCAGUCCAAAGCGGAUCCAACACAGCAGCGAGAGUCCCGUUCACAGCGGAGCCAGCAGGAAACCAUCCCAAGGGGAGGCUGAUCAGCAGCGCAGAGAUGUCCCCAGCCGAUACACAGGCGAGCGGUACAUGGCCACCGGAUCGGACCGGACUCCCUCCACAAAGGAGAGUGGGACAUAGAAGAAAAAGAAAAGAAACGGCAGAUCAACUGGUCUAAAAAGGGAGUCUAUUUAAACAAUGAAUUGAUUAACGUGGACCCCGACUUAAACAAGUUGAAAAACUUAUUCGGGUGUUAGCAUUUAGUGGUCAAUUGUACGGAAUAUGUACUGUACUGUGCAAUCUACUAAUAAAAGUAUCAAUCAAUCAAUCAAUCAAUCAAACUAAAGUUAGCUUUUUCUGGGGGAGUAAAAUAUAUAUAUUUUUUUGGGGGAGCGGCAAAUAUUUGCUAUUAAAAAAGUUAUAGUGAAUGUUAGGAAAAUGCAGGGUCGUCAGCGUGGAGUGUUAUUUUGGGGCCUAAAUAUUGGCGUUUUUGCUUGAAAUAACAAAAGCAAAAAUAUAAAUGCAAUAAAGACAGGUUUCGUUGUGGCCAAAUAUUAUUUUUUUUUUACAAAAAUAUUGGCUGAAUUUAACAUUUGGAUGCAAAAUGUAAUGCUAUUCCUAUCAGUAAAUUUAGUGUUUUUUUUCCCGUGAUAAUUUCAAAGCAAAGUAUUUUCUUUUUGUGUUCAAAUUAGUGCUAAAAAAAGAAACAUUUCUAAAAUAAGAUUAAUCACACUUUAAAAUUUUGAUUAACCAGCAGCAUUCACUGCUUGUUGUCGAUGGACUUGUAGCGUUUCUUGCGAGCGGCUUCUUCAAGAAGGUGUUUUGCUGUUAGACGGUAUUUUGAAAUGGUUGUACUUCUUUGAAAAUGCAAAUGACCUUAAUUCUAUCUAAACUCCUGUCGUUUUGUUGCAAAAUUAGCCAGUUAGUCUCCUCACUCAUCUUUGCAGUGAUGUGUGCAUGGACCUGAUCACUGACCGUAUAACAACCCUCGCUGCCUUUACAAGUAUCCUUCCGCAGAGCACGCGCGCUCAAUGGACAUGGAUUAGUCUGCGUUUACGCAUGAUUAUCGUGACCAUUUUGUGCGAAUAAUCACAUGCGUCAACUUUGACAACCUUUUCUAAAACCUAAUAUUGUUUUUGAGGAGAUAAAAUCUAUCAUUUUGAAGUAUUGAGCAUUUUGUAGGCUGUUGGGGGAAUUGUGAAGCAUAUAUUACAGUGUAUAUAGGCACAAUAAAUACAGCUUUUUAUUAUGGGGGGGGGGGGAUUUAGUUUUUGUGGGAUUUGUAGAAAUAACAGGUAUAGUAACUGCAAGGAAGUUAUAUGUAGUUGGCAAAAAUAUGCUUUUUAGGGAGGAAAUUAAAUUGAGGGUAGGUUUAGGCUUAUAUUUAGACUUAGACCUAAACAAACUAAUGAUCCACAAGGGAAAUUGAUCCACAUUAGAGAUGCGCGGAUAGGCAAUUAUAUCAUCCGCAACCGCAUCACCAAAGUCAUCAUCCACCCGCCGUCCACCCGAACCAACAUUUUAUCAGGACCGUACCCGCCCGCUGAAAUACAUCAGAGGUCGGCCGCCUUUACCACUCACAGAGCUAUUUAAACCUGUUGCACAGAAUAAUGAAGACAAUUGGAGCCGCUAACGUUCUCGCGACUAUCCAAUAGCGUUCAUCCUAAUGACAAGAAUAUGGGCGUGCUGUGAAGUCAUUGCCUUAGACACCUUCAACAACGUGUACGAACCGAUUGUUGGUCCGGCAACAUGUUUUGUGCAGCUUCCGCAAUCACACGUGCAAGAUUGAAAGGCAUACUGGGUGAUACAGAGUACACUGAUGGUUGUGAUAUAAACAACUUUAACACUUACUAAUAUGCGCCACGCUGUGAAGCCACACAACACAAAAUUGACAAACACAUUUAGGGAGAACGUCCUCACAGUAACACAACAUAAAGGCAACACAACAAAUACCCAGAAUCCGUUGUAUCUGUGACAAUUCCUGAAUAUAUUUUACACCCCCGCGCCCCUAACCGCCCACCUUACCGACGCACGGAAAAUGUGACUUAUACUCCAGUGCGACUUAUAUAUGUUUUUUUCCUUCUUUAUGAUGCAUUUUCGGCAGGUGCGAUUUAUACUCCGGAGCGGCUUAUAAUCCGAAAAAUACGGUUUAUGUAAUAUUUACAUAUUAUAUAUAGGGUAUAUAAAAUAUAUCCUGAUAUAUUUUAUUAUUGUAUUAUAUUAUUAUAUACUAUAUACCAGGGGUCUCAAACUCAAUUUACCUGGGGGCCACCGGAUGCAGAGUCUGGGUGAGGCUGGGCCGCGAGAAAAGAUUUCUUAAAAAAAUAUUUUUAAAUGUCUUUAUUUUUAUUUUCAACACAACAUCAAAUCAAAAUAUAAAUGAACAAAAUGAGAAUUAAGUAAAUAAAUCAGUCAUAAGCAAUAACAAUAAUAAUUUCAUUCCUCCAGUCAGAAACAAUGUGUGAGACAUCGUAAAUUAAGCAAUUUAAAAAAAAAAUAACGGUUUGAAUUGGUCCAGGUUAUCGGGGACUGUUAUUACUGACGUACAGGUGUCGCGGUGUGACUGCAGCCAGGCACGUGAGAAAACCCUUGUCUCCAUGGCAUCGUUUACUCAUUUGCCGCUUUUCCAUUAAUGCAGGGGUAGGCAACCCAGAACGUUGAAAAAGCCAUUUUGGUCUAGUGGAAAAGCGGCAAAACGUUUCUCUGCUUGAAUCACGCAAGUGACGUCAAUGUCCUUGAGAGCCAUAUACCACACCGUGAUUGGUAGAUUCCCUCAGCUCCGCACACAACGCUGUCAAGCACCAAUCAUAUAAAUAUUCACAGGCCGCACUAAAAUUAAACUUUCAUAUUAAGGUGGGGGCCGCAAAUUAACGUCUGGCGGGCCGCUUGUCUGAGACCCCUGUUAUAUACAGUAUAUAAAAAUUAACAAUUACCAUGUAGAAUAUUACAGUAUAUGUAUCAGCUGCAGCAUAAAAUAGAGAGUAGAUCCAGCAGAAAAUAUACAUUAUAAACAAAGAGAGGUAGCUAAUAUAGAAGCAGUCAGGUAAUAGACAGAUAUCAUCAUGAAUCUUUCGUCCUCGCUCAAAUUAAUGGGGAAAUCGUCGCUUUCUCGGUCCGAAUCGCUCUCGCUGCUGGUGGCCAUGAUUGUAAACAAUGUUCAGAUGUGAGGAGCUCCACAACCCGUGACGUCACGCGCACAUCGUCUGCUACUUCCGGUACAGGCAAGGCUUUUUUAUUAGCGACCAAAAGUUGCAAACUUUAUCGUCGAUGUUCUCUACUAAAUCUUUUCAGCAAAUAUAUGUCAAUAUCGCCAAAUGAUCAAGUAUGACAUACAAGGGACCUGCUAUUCCCGUUUAAAUAAGAACAUCUCAUUUCAGUAGGCCUUUAAUUGGAAAUACUUAACAAGUAAAAUAUAAUAAAAAUACAGUACAGGCCAAAAGUUUGGACACACUUCAUUCAAUGUUUUUCACUACACAGAUGUCAUAGUUUAGAUUUGGGGUCAUCAACUUUUUUGAAACCAAAAGCUACUUCUUGGGUACUGAUUAAUGCGAAAGGCUACCAGUUUGAUACACACUUAAAUAAAUUGCCAGAAAUAGCCAAUUUGCUCAAUUUACCUUUAAUAAAUAAAUCUGUAUACCGUAUUUCCUUGAAUUGCCGCCAGGGCACUAUUUAAUUUAAAACCUCUUCUCACUUCUGCGCUUACCAAAGGCAUGCGGUAAAAGUAAGCAUGCGCUAGUUAUUUUAAAACCUCUUGGCACUCCGGCACUUACCAAAGGCAUGCAGUAAAAAUUUGUGUGAUGUAAGCUUGGACCUUAAAUCCUACUGAAUAGCUCUGAAUCUUCUUCCCUUGAUGCGAUUUCAAAUUAUUGGUAUUAAAAUCAGCCUCCUUUAUUUUGAAAAUGAUGACGGGAAGUGUCACUCUUGAUGUCACGAGUUUGACCAGGCGGUAAUACUAAGCAUGCGCUAAUUAUUUUGGGAAGCGAGUUCGACCCGGCAGUAAUUCAAGGCAGGUGCAUACUAUAUGUCCUGCGGUAAUUCAAGGAAAUACGGUAUAUAUAAAAAAAUGGGUAUUUCUGUGUCAUUCCUUGGUACAUUUUUUUCUCCUUUUACGGAAGGUUUUUUGUAUGGAAUAAAUGAUGAAAAAAACACUUAAUUGAACCCUUAAUUGAUGGCGUGGCGCAGUGUGGCCGUGCGCAACCCGAGGGUCCCUGGUUCAAUCCCCACCUAGUACCAGCCUCGUCGCGUCCGUUGUGUCCUGAGCGGGACACUUCACCCUUGCUCCUGAUGGGUGUUGGUUGACGCCUUGCAUGGCAGCUCCCUCCAUCAGUGUGUGAAUGUGGAAGUAGUGUCAAAGCGCUUUGAGUACCUUGAAGGUAGAAAAGCACUAUACAAGUACAACCCAUUUAUCAUUUAUAUCAUCUAUUGCUGUAUGGCGAGUGAUUAUACAGCUGGAUGGAGCGCGAAGAUCUAAAAUUUAAUGGCAAUAAAUGUAUGCCGGCCAUUUUUGUGGCCUGGCACAACAUUUUAAAUACACAGCCAUGCUGUCCAAUCCUAAACUUAACAUAUAGUGCGUAACUUUUUUGUACAACUUCCUACUAAAUUCUGCUACAUUGCAAGAUAGUGGAAAAUAUUGCUUGUGUUUCUUGUGACGUGGUCCUCAUGCUUUAGACGGACUGUAGCGUUUAAGACCAAGGCAAAUCUACUACAGUAUGUUCAUUCAUCACCAUAUUAACUGUCCGUUGUUGUCGAUGGCAUACAAGCUAGGUGUACUGCUGCCCACUUUUGUAACACGAUGUCACCAAUCAGCGUUUUACUGCCUCGCAGCUGCAGUGUGUGUUUUCUUUGUGGCCGUGGGCACUAUCAGUACCAUUGUUAGGGUCGCAAAUGUACACAAACUACGCUUUGUUUAAUCAGCAAAACUUAAAAAGUCUGCUAAUCUAAAAGGAAUGCGUGGCAUAGUCACUGGUGUUUUCUUAGUGGUCAGUUAUGUGAAGUGGGAGACAAAUGAGUUCUGGGAGUUAUGAUAUUCAAGUAGACC